AUGACGGAUGUCAUUAUACCGGAUUCUUUCGUGUUUGAUAAUGAACCUGAAGAUUUUCAUGUGGAUAUCCUUAUCUAUGCAGCUAGAACAGAUUAUGGAUUGGAAAAUAAUACUGGAGGAAGUCUGAAAAGUAGAAUCACCAGAUCAAUUGGAAGAAAAUUUGGUGCAAGUGUGAAAUCUCAAACGGCUUCACACGAGAUGUCAAAAAGCCCGAGACUGGAUCAAACUAUCUCUGGAGCGCACUAUAACCUUCUUGCAAAGGCUACGCUGUGCAUUGCUGAUGCUUGUGAAGAAGCAACAAUUCACAAUCUGAGGAUGAGUGCAUUCGCGGAUCUCUCCGGACCACCACUCUACGGGCAUAUCAUUUGCCGACUGGCUAUUCAACCCCAUUCCGUACUCCGUCCAAUUUUAGAAGGAGUACUCUCAGUCCAACACGUCGAGGAAAGUGUAGAGCUUGAAAAUACAUCUGCUAGAUUGCAAGCUGGAAAUUUGCAUUUUUAUUCAAUUGGUGAUAUUGCCAACAGCUCAAAAAACACUGUGAUGGUGAUCCCUCUUAGCAGCAGAAGCCGUAUUGUUCCAACACCUGCUCCUCGGACUUUCUUACUUCGAACCGAUGAGACCAGUGAAGUACCCGCCUCAUCGGUGUAUCUUGUUACAAACAGCGAUAGGGAUUACGAAAUAUGGAGGAGAGCAAUCGAAAUUCAAAUCUACGAUAUAGGAAUAUGGGGGAAAUUUGCUACCAAAAUGUCUUCUCUUCUCACGCAGAAGAGAGAAGAUCCAAUCAGAGAAACUCUGAGCCGUGGAACUGGUAGCAAUCUUUAUGAAACUAUUUCUAUUAAAGGUUCGAUUUCAAAAGCCUUUGGUGGUCUUUCACUUGUCCCUUGCGACGGACAACCUCAUCCGAACGGAGCAAUGACAGCUCCAAUGAAACGACCUAAUGUGAAACAACGUGCUAAAGUUAUUGACUUCUUCCCGGUGCCUAACCGAAACCGAGAAAGUCCGCAGCCAUCUCGAAAAAGUAUAAUAUAUGAGCCUUCAUCAAAGUAUGUGAUUCAACUGAACAUUGGAGAGGAUUCUGUGGAAAACGAAUACAAUUCUUAUUCACCACUUUAUCGCAUGUCUCCCAGACCACCAUCAAACAACAGACACCAUUCGGAAGAUCAAUACAAAGACGGGAAGAAAAGUUGGUCGAAGUCAAUCGGUUCGCUGAUCAAUCGUAAUGCGUCGCACGUCACUCGACUUUAA